CUGGUUAAACCCUAAGAACAAAUGGCUCUCCUGAGAUCAGUCUGUGUUCGGUUUCUGAAAGUCGCCCUGAUUCAUUACCUUUGUGGUGCUACUAAAGGCUGCACAGUAACGGCAAAACAGAACGAUUAUCAGGAAGCAGUGUCCUUGACAGCAAUUAAAUUGUCGUGCCACUUUACAGCUGAGGGAUGCUCCAAAAAUAUAAAUAUUUAUUGGUUUCGCUACCUGAGCUCUCAACAUGAACCCGUGUGCAACAGAGAAUGUAAACCCAGGUUCAAGACCACCACUGUAGACCGCACAGCUUUCCUGGAAAUUAGCAAGUUGGAAAUCAAUGACAGUGCAAUAUAUAUUUGUGGCAUAGAAAACAGCGAAUCAAACGCUACCACAUCAAAAGUUACAGGUCAAGGGACCAUUCUGGUAGUGACAGACAAGCCGAAAAUCGUGGUCACCACCGAAUGCACAGGGCUAAUUGUUUUCUGCACCCUGCUAUUUAUUUACAAUCUAGUGGUCAUUUUGAUUUAUGCAUUUCGGUCAAAACUGAAGUUACGGAAAAACAUUGAGGAGGACAGUCACAGAGGUGACACGGAAAAAAGCCACAGAGGACAAAGGUUUUUCCACGCAAUAGCUCAGGAGAUGUAUCAUAAAAGAUAUGCCAGGAAAUCUCACAACCAAAGCCAGCACGUAAUCGAGGAGGACAUCUACCAAAACACAAGCUAGACAUAUUCAAAGGAUUAUGGGCGUAAGAUACUGUAAUUCUAAAUUAAACUGUUAUACCAUUUGUCUCUGAGGAAUAAAAUGAAACAGAGAGAAAAAAAAAAAAAAUAUAGAAGAAGAUGCUCGACAAAUAGUUUAUUCUGGAGAUGAGGAAUUUCAGUGUCUACUGCUUUACAUAAGACAAUUACCUCACGAGAAGUUUUAAAGACAACAAAUUGUAAACUAUAUUUUUGGAAACAAUUUUUUUUCCCACUUCAGAACUACCUAAUGUAAAAAUAAAAGCUUUAAAAUGGCAUCUACACUCCCUCUAAAAGCGAACACCCGGCACUACCUAAACCGCACCACCAGCAACAGGAAACAUUGCUCAUACUGAGGGCAACAUAGGAUCUUGUAUUCUCAAACUUGAGUAGAAUUUUUAGAAUCCAUUAACUGUUUGGUCAUCUUUGCCUGCCUAGCUGUAAUGUACAGGUUUACAAGUAUUCUUGCAUAUUCUUACAUCUCCAGUUGUGCUGGAAAGUUAUUUAAAGGGACACUCAAUCAAAAUUAAACUUUCAUUAUUCAGAUA